AUGGCCCCCUGCGGCUCUUGGGGAUUUUCCUACGGUGACGGCGAGUCACAGGAGCCAGAGGCUUCGAGCUCCUGGGGCCGAAGCUACGGAAGCUACGACGACAAUCGGCAGUAUGGCCAGAGCUACGACGGAGACAGGACUGCCUACGGAGACAGGCCUGCGAGGCAGUACGGCCAGAGCUACGACGGAGACAGGCCUGCGAGGCAGUACGGCCAGAGCUACAACGGCGACAGGCCUGCAUAUGUGUCGUGGAACAUACGAACAGCUUACACCUGUGUAUAA